AGCGCCUGCCUUGUGCAGAGCCCACGCACUCGGACGCGGUGGGGAGGGCGACAUGCUGCCGGGGCGAGCUCUCCAGGGCCAGGCGGUGCUGGUGGCGCUGCUCCGGUGUUAGGGUGACAGCAUCCUUCCUGCACGCCGCUGGCGCCCACUCCCUCCACUCUUCCGGGCCACAGGGGACCUCCUGGGGGACCAGAUCUCCUCUCUCCAGCGGCGACCCCAAGCCUGGCAACAUGUGGAACGCGACGGCCAGCGAGGAGCCGGAGCCUAACGUCACGCAGGACCUGGAGUGGGACGCUUUCCCCGGCAACGACUCUCUGACGGACGAGCUGCUGCUGCCGCUGUUCCCCGCGCCGCUGCUGGCGGGCGUCACCGCGACCUGCGUGGCCCUCUUCGUGGUGGGCAUCUCGGGCAACCUGCUCACCAUGCUGGUGGUGUCCCGCUUCCGGGAGCUGCGCACCACCACCAACCUCUACCUGUCCAGCAUGGCCUUCUCCGACCUGCUCAUCUUCCUGUGCAUGCCGCUGGACCUCGUCCGCCUCUGGCAGUACCGGCCCUGGAACUUCGGCGACCUGCUCUGCAAACUCUUCCAGUUCGUCAGCGAGAGCUGCACCUACGCCACGGUCCUCACCAUCACGGCGCUGAGCGUCGAGCGCUACUUCGCCAUCUGCUUCCCGCUGCGGGCCAAGGUGGUGGUCACCAAGGGCCGCGUGAAGCUGGUCAUCCUUGUCAUCUGGGCCGUGGCCUUCUGCAGCGCGGGGCCCAUCUUCGUGCUGGUGGGCGUGGAGCACGAGAACGGCACGGACCCCCGGGACACCAACGAGUGCCGCGCCACCGAGUUCGCCGUGCGCUCUGGGCUGCUCACGGUCAUGGUGUGGGUGUCCAGCGUCUUCUUCUUCCUGCCGGUCUUCUGCCUCACUGUGCUCUACAGCCUCAUCGGGAGGAAGCUGUGGCGGAGGCGCGGCGACGCGGCGGUGGGCGCCUCGCUCAGGGACCAGAACCACAAGCAGACAGUGAAGAUGCUAGCUGUAGUGGUGUUUGCGUUCAUCCUCUGCUGGCUGCCCUUCCAUGUGGGGAGAUACCUGUUUUCCAAGUCCUUCGAGCCGGGCUCUCUGGAGAUCGCGCAGAUCAGCCAAUACUGCAACCUGGUGUCAUUCGUCCUCUUCUACCUCAGCGCCGCCAUCAACCCCAUCCUCUACAACAUCAUGUCCAAGAAGUACCGGGUGGCGGUGUUCAAGCUUCUGGGGUUUGAGUCCUUCUCCCAGAGAAAGCUCUCCACUCUGAAGGACGAAAGUUCUCGGGCCUGGACCAAGUCGAGCACCAACACAUGACAGCACCUGGGCAGCGCGCAGUCAUCGCUUACUGCUCCACGCCGGAAGCCAGAGCCAAGCAGAACUUGGGAGGAAGCAGAAAGUCAGUUUGGGGAUUGGAGACAAAUGAAUGUCGAAACAGUCGGGGGUGGGGAGUAAAGCCAGAUGGGCAGGGUCUGUGCAGUUUGGCUUGACUGCACUCACCAGGGCGUCUUGCAAGUUUGUGUCUAUGAUUUGGCGUUUAGAGCUCCUGGCAGCCUUGCUGCUCAGAGGAAGGAGGGGGCAGAGUGGGCGCUGGCUUUCCUUCUGGGUGGGUAACACCAAACCCCAUUCGCUUUUCUCAUCAUAAUAAAAACGAAAUGACAUUACAAACAGCAACUGCAGACACGGCCCUUCAAAGCUGGCAAUCUCCACAAAGCUCCAUCACAUGCCUCCCAAAGCCCCACAACACAAGGCACCUAUGUAAUCAAUAUGAAACAAUUGAUGAGAAAUCUCCAUUGCCUCCUCACCCCAUAGCAAUUCUGAAAUCUAGUCUGUUCCUUACACAGCCCACUUGAGGCUGGACAAUUAGUUUCAGUCAUAAUAUUUGAUUCAUUUAAUGUGAGCAUGGAAAAGUAGGCUCAACAGCUUAAGUUUCAUGAGUACCCUCAAAACUUUUGAGUAACCUACAUUACAAAGCUUUUUUUUAAAAAAAAAAAAUUCAGAAUUAAAUUGCUUAAAUGAAUUGCUUACUUGAAAUAAGGAAUUCAGUUCUUUAGUUGUGCUAGGUACAUUUCAGGUGUUCAACAGACAAAUAUGGCUAGUGAUUAUGGUACCAAGCAGAUAAUCCAGAGUGCAUGCAAAAUAUUUAUCAAUCUCUUAUAAAAUGUUUUAAAAAUAGGUACCUAUUCCUUUCAAAUGCUUUUAAAUAGUAUAUUAGUAUAGCAGCAUUUUAGAGUAAUAAAUCCUAAGGUCCCACCUAAAUUCUCUAUCUUCAUGGUAGGAAGAGAGUGAAAUACAUCUUAAAAUUAAGUCAUACAUUUUAAAAUUAAGUUUGGUUGCAUAAUCAAUUCAGGAAGUGAAAUACGAAAACCAUAGCAAAUCACAGACUGCCUGUUUUUGACCUAAUACAUAAAGUAAACAUAAGCCUUUAAUUUGUGACUAAAGCAAUUGUUAUUUAUUCUGGCCAGCUUAUAGUAACCUAAAGAAUAUUUGAAAGCUUCAAAUGGUUAAGGUAGGUUCAGAGUUUCUUGAACAUUUCAGCCUAUUGCUAUUCAAAAUUUAAAAAAAAUUGCAAUCAUUUAUUUCAACUUGUCCCAUUUCCAAGGCAGUAUUGCUAUUCUCCUCCCACUGCUCAGCUGACGGACAUGGUCAAUGGAGCUCUAGUCUCAUUCUUAGUCAUAAUUAUGAAUAAUCCUUCAAUGAAUAUUGUGAUUUGGGCUAUGAAAGUGAAAUUUCAUUUAUAAAGUCACUAUUCUCUCUCCACUCAACAGGAAGAUGUAAAUCUAUCAUUCCAAAACGAUUGCUUCCGUUCUGUGCACUUCUGUCAAGGGAAGAGCUCCCAAUGAAAGGAGUGUUUAAGCCAUUAAAGGACGUUAAUGCUGUGCUUAUUUUGUAUCCACUUAAAAGGAAAGAUUAUUAUGCUGAAUCGAUGGAUUGCCUUUUUGCUUUGGAAACAUCAAAGGCCAAUCUUAAUUAGGAUUACUUUAAAAAAUAUAUUUUGAAGUCCAUUUGGACAUGAAACUCACUCUAAACGUGAGUUUAGAGUCAACAGGUUGCCUGUUCAGUCACUUCUUAGGAGGGCAUGAGAAAGCACAGCGAUGCACUCAGUUCCAGGAGGUAGUUACUCAGCCUUCAGCAUCCAACUCCUAAGUGGUGUUCAGCAAAUUAAACAGAGGUAUUUCAGCUCCCGGAGGCUUUAGAGUGUUGUCUAUGAACACACCACACCUGAGAGGAAACAGGUUUUAAACAUAUAAUGCUUAUCACUGUUCUGGAGAGAAACAAGCUUCUACUGAGUGGCUUCAUCUCUUCACCUGUCCCAUCUUUUGUACUCCAUGCCAGGAGUCCUGAAUUCACAUCCUGAGAAUAGAUUACAGAAAAAGACCACCUUGCUUUCCCCUGGUUAACCUGGAAAGUGAAAGGGCGUGUUUAAAGAAAGGCAUCUCUAAUUUGUCCUCUCCAAUCAUUGCUUUCUUUGAUUGCUCACAGGUUCUUUAUGCUGUUACAUUCCCUGUAUUGUUUAAAACUCAGGGCAAAUGAACAUGAUGUUGACGAAAACUGUUGGGAAAUCCUACCUUUUAUCAACAUUUUGUAUGUGCCUGCUAUGUUCUGAGCUCUGAGAAAUUAGCAAGCCAAAGGUUUUUAUUUAUUCUUAGUGAUCCCACAAUCAUCUGUGUUUUGUUCCUGUGGAUGAUGGAUAAAGAUGAAGAAGACAUUUCUAGUGCACACUAUAUCAAAUGUUCCCCCACCCCAGGGCUGCAGGGGGCCAUUCCGCCCACAGGUGUACUGUAUUCUUGGCUGCAGAUAUGUUUGUAUGGGCCAUCACGGCACUAUUUGUAGAGAGAGCUAAUAUGUCUGUGAGUGGGAAUCACACUGAAGGCAUUCACAACAGAAAGAAACCAGCUUCUCCUUUAGUCUUUGUUUCCAUUACCCUGGAACCCAGCAGUCAGGUUUCUGUCACAGUUUUAGGCAGCCUCAAAGUCAACAUCAUUAUCUCCAAAACAGAAAGCAACUGUUUCAUGAACAGGAGAAUUUUGAAUAAUCACUUUAACAUUCAUGCCCAUCAAUCAUUUUAAAUUGGAAAUUCUAGCUGGGUGUGGUAGAGCAUACUUGUGUCCCCAGCACUUGAGAAGCUGAGGCAGGAAGAUUACAAGUUCAAGAACUGCCUGAACUAUCUGGCAAGUUCCUCCCCAGACUGGGAUGCACAGGGAGAUCCAAUCUCAACAAACAAACAAACUAAUGAAUGUUAAUGUUAAAACUUUGUGGUAAGGAAAUUUAGAAACACUUCCAGUACUUCCUAUGCCUAGAAAAAUCCCUUUAUAGCAACCUUUGAGCUGCAGGGAAAGUGGAUGAGAUUGGACUUAAGAGUCUAGUUUUGUUUUUGUUUUUUUUUUUUCCACACAAAUGCUUUUGUUAACUACCUAAGAUGAUUACAAUUUUGGGUUCAACAUAAACAGUUUUAGCUCAUUUUGUCUUUUUCAUUGCUCCAUAUACUUGAACUUAAUAUUAAAAAAAAAGAAAAACUGUGAGAUUUUGUGCAAGAUCGGUGCCUACACUUUUGUCUUUUAAAGAACAGUAUGUACCUCUUUAAAAUACUGCGUAAUAGUUACAUACACAAAAUGUUCUUGUCAUAAUGCAUAAGCUAGCAGAGUCAUUCUCUUUUCAGAAACGCUGUCUGUAGUGUAAAUCACAGCAUUAAAAGAAGGAGAUGAUGUCUUCGAAGACACACCAUGUCUAACAGGGUUUGUUAGCCGAUGAGUCACCAGUGACUUCUUUGCAAUUUAAACUGUGACAGUAGCUGGCGUGCACAAGUGUGAGUGCACAGAUGAUCAGUGGUAGUUCUGUGAAUUGGUAACACAUUAUUUAUUUAUUUAUUUAUUUAUUUAUUUAUUAUUUUUAGCAGGAAAUAAACUGCUAUUCAAAACCAACAGAAAGCUACACAGUAGUGACACAGACCCCCAAUAAUGGGGAACGCAUCUGAGGAUCAGCAAAGCCCAUGCCACUUCCUAAUUCAUUUUCCUCAGAUCCAAUCAUCCAAUUCCUUGCAAUAAUAUGAAGGUGACACAGUUGAGGAGGAGGGUUCUGGCGGGGCUUAUCUUUAUGGUUUUCCUUCUGAACUCGGACGUGUUCUGGGUACUGGAGGUUAGCUUUUUAGGCUGACAACAUUGUCAUCUUGUUUCUCCAAUGCUGUGUGUUCAUGUCCCUGUUACUAUUUGGCCACUUCCUGGAACUUCCAUUAAUACUUCAUGCCUUUAUUGUACAUACCUUUGCUCAAAAGACUGCCAGCUACUCUCAAAACUGGCCAAAAAGAUAAAGAAAACACCCCUCUACUUUCAGAAAAUAUGUCUCAUGAAGAUGGCCAGAUGGUUUUGUGAAAGUAUUCACAAUUACCCUCUCUGGGCUCAUCUUCUCCCCUAGACACAGAGAGAAAGAGCAUUGAGGAAAAGCAGCUUGAAACUUUUCCGUGGUUUUAACAAUUCAAACCCAAAUAUAGCUUGAACCAUAAAACUGUUUAUGUUCCUCCCAUUUAGCAUUGUGGAUUUAAUGGACUGGAAAACAUUUGUUUGUGUGAAUGUCUCUAAAUACUGUAGCAACCACCACUAAUAUAUGGUGUAGCUUGGUAGUACUGAUUGGUCCAUUUGUGUCACCAUAGUCAUCAGGAGUAUUUUGGCUUCUUUCUUCGAUGGUUUUUGUACAUUUUAACUAAGACUUCUUCGCUGUAGUUCUCAUGUACCUGUCUCACAGAACUUGCAUUCCUUUUCCCUGAAUAUAGUAACCAAACAACUGCUUAAUAAAACCUUUUCAAAG